CGGUCAACGUCUCGUUUUCGUAUUCGGCCGACGAAGUAAACCGCGUUCGAAAACAACACAGCCGAAAAACGAAUCAAAAAAAAAACAGCACAGCACUGCAGGUAAAGAUUGGGUUAUUUUGUUUUUUCAAUAUUUUUGUCGGUUACGUUCUCGCGCGUACAGCCGUCGUCGCUUACAAGAAGAAAUUUCCGUCGACGCCGAAAUGACGGAUACGGUUUUCUUUUUGUUUUUUUGUCCGCGAACUUCGUACCACGCCGCUAUUUAACGAAUCAACCUACAGGUACCUGCCCGUACAGGACGAUCAACAUAACGUAUGACGCUCGUUGUAUCGGAAUUUUAGAACAUUUAAGUAAUAAUUAGGUAGCUCAAAAGUGUUGCUUUGUGUUUUUGUCGUCCGUGGGAGGGAAAACCACUACCUGCUUUUGAUUUUCAAAUCGUAGUCUAUUCACGCUUAAAAAUUCCAUAAAUUAACGGAGUAUUAUUUCAUAUCAAUUUUAGUGUUGACAUUUUUAAUUUCCAUCAGCCCGUUGACAAGAUAUUUCACUUUUAAGUUUUGACAGGGCCAGAGUAACGGUGCAUAAUUUGUGUGGCGGCACGGCGCGAGGCCUUUUAAUUGUAUUCCACCAUUCAUCCUCUACCUAAAUUUAAAAGUGAAAUAUCUCUUCAACGGAUUGAUGGGAAUCGGAAACUACAACACCAACAUUUAUUUAAACGAAUACGCCGUCUAUUUGUGGAAAUUUUGCUAUAUGUUGCCAUUUGAAAAUCAAAAGCCGGUAUUUUCACCCGUUAAAAGAAAGGCGAAUAAUAAAACCGUAACGUAAAAUUGUUGAGCUAGUUGUUUUUCUUAAAUGAUCUAAAAGUCAAGUUCCGAAAAAAGUCAAUACAUUCCGAGACACCGAGUGUCUUACGUCGUAUUGAUCACUCUGUACUAUUAAAAUACGAUCUCGUUGAUACUGAAUGUAAACGAAUAAUAAGUGUAUGAAUAAUAAAUGUUUAACUGACGCCCGGCAUUUAGUUCGUGCUAAAAUUGAUUGCCACGGUCAAAACUGAACAAUCGAUUGGUGUGGGUACCUAUAAUUUGAACCAUGUGACGAAAUAAAGAUUUUGUAUUAAGGGAGGCUAAAUAUGUUUUUACUUGAGACAUAGGAAAAGAUAAGAGGGGGGAAUUUCAACUCCCAAGAAAUGUACAUUAGUGUUUUCGUCAAUAUGCAUUUUAAUGUAAUACUUUUAACUAAAAUAUAUAUUAAACAAAAUUUAAAAGGUAUUGAAAUGAAAAAAUUAUAGUAUUUGUUUUGGCAUAACUUUUAACUAAGAUUUUAAGUAGUAAGAGUGAGUACAAUAAUAUAAACGGACAUCAGGCCACUGGGCCAUAAUAUAAUCCAGGCCAUCUGGAAAAUUCUCGCUUAUACCAAGAGUGUGUACGUAGUGGUGACGCCAACAUUUUUAAUUAAGGGAAGGGGGUAAGGCUAAAUACGUUUUCUCUUGAAACUUGGAUGAAGUUAAUAUGGGGGAGUUUCGGCUUAUUUUCUGGCAUAAUGCUCCUCCUUAAAUCGUUUUUAUUCGGUCCAGGAGAGAAAACGUUCUUUCAGUAGUGAAAGAAAUACCUGAGUAGAAACGUAGUUAAUACUCAAAUCGUAAAUCGUAUAUAUUUACAUAAACAAUGUUCACGAAGGAGGCUUAAGCCCCCUCCCCGAGUACAUCUCGGUGUGUACAGAAAUAAAAAUAACGUUUUGGACGCCAUCGACCUUAACUCCACGUCGAAAACAUUUAACCGCGAUCGUAGGUAAUGUGCGUCCGAUGAAUUCCGCAUAGACAUAUGUAAAACUGUAAACCCGUUUGGAAGCAAUAUAAAUUCUAAAAAUAAUUAAUUUUCAUCGUACGUCAGUGAAUCUCAACCUCUGUGUGUUGGCGACCCAAGAUAUUCAAACUGUUUUUCAUGCGACCUUUUUGAAAAUAAUUCCCAACGAAGGGCUAUCCAUUCUACCCAGCCCAUUUAGUUGUUCAAUUACCAUAACUAAAAGGAACUAUUAUAUAUUUCAUUUAUUUUAAAAUUAAUAUACAUGACUAAACGAGUAAUGGGUACCUUAUGAAGUUUACAAUAAUGACAAUUGAUAACAAAACAAAUAUUGAUCAAUAACUUACCAGAUUUAAUCGUUUCUGUGAAUGUAAUCCGAUAGAGUGCAUUUAUAUUAUUGAAAGACUAUAGUCGAAAAUUAUAAAUUUACACUUGUUUGUCAAGAAAAAUAAUUUACGAAAAAUAUUUCAUUAAUUAUUUUUAAAACUAUUUUACACAGGUAGUCUAAACUGAAAUUAUUAUAUUAACGUUUUUAUUAGUUGGCGACCCAUUUAAAAUUAUUCGUGACCCAAAAUUGGGUCGCGACCAUAUAGUUGAGGAACGCUGAUAUACAUGGGUAUACUUAUAUUUUACCUACGCGUUUCAUCAAAAUCGGUUAAAUCCGGAGAGACGGUCGUAUUGUUGGUGACGGAUUAUUUCCACGCGCACAGUGCCCAUAUUGCGUUUUUAUGUACGAGUACAGAUGGUUUAUUCAUCAAGUCUCUUUUCCGUCAAAACCUACUAGUCUUGGCGGGGUAGAAUGCAGGGAAGAAGGACUUUAAAAUUAUCGGUAAAAUACGAUUGACGUUUCCAAUAUCGUUUUUAUCAAACGAUUGAGCACGACAUAUAUGGCGUUAUGUACGUGGAAUUCUAUAUUGGUAACAAUAACAUUACAAAGCUAUCGUGGUUAAAAGUUUAAAUUAUAAAUUAUUUUAUCGCACACCGUGACAUUUAAUUCACUACAGAAAUUAAAUUAUUGUUGAAUAUUUUGAUAGAACAGGCAGUAUGAUUGUUGUUACUUAACUGAUUUAACUGUUAUUGUUAUUAUAAAUACUUCGGUUUAAACUAAUGAAGAAUACAAAUAUUUUUCUCAAACCGAUAUAAAGAUCGACUUGUGACUAUGCUUAAACCAAAAAACAGUCGUUUCACUGAAAAAGAUGAUGAAUAUAAAUUCUAUAAUAUUUUAAAUGUUCAAUGGCUUUCAUUUUUCCUAUGGAUAACUUUUCUACCAGCAAUUUUGUUCCAACAUAAAAUGAUAGUAAAUUUUCUAAAGGGAAUUUCACUGGGGAGGUACUUUAGAAAGGUCAUUUUUCUAUUUUCUCAAAAGUUUUUUCAUCAAAUGCGAAAAGCUAAAAAAAAACGAAGGAAAUACGGGAAAAUGUACGAAAUAUAUUUGUAUAAUAUUACGAUUUUUUUUUUUUUUUAUGGACAACUUUUCUACUAGAAAUUUCGCUCUAAUUUUUAAUGAUAGCAAUUUUUCUAAAAGAAAAUUUCACUGGGAAGGUGCUUUUGAGUGGUCGCUUUUCGAUUUUUUCUGGAGUUUUUUCAGUAAAUGUGUAAAACUGAGAAAACACAUUGGUAAACCGGGGAAAUCGGUACUACAUUAAUAAAUAUUAUCAAAAAAAAUAUAUAGAGCGUAUUUAAUUAUUUUACUACAAUGUGGUAUAUAUAUUGUUGACAAAGCAUCACUAUCACUGAUCUUUUUUUUACAUAAGUAUACCCAAACGAUUUUUUAUUGACAUCACACGUUAUUAAAAUUAUUUCGUUAGUUCAAAAUCAACAAAUUUCACGAAAAAUAUUACAGCGGUGGAAAAUACGAUGUAUAUAAAUAUGAAAUACAACAUUGUUUGUAUAUAGCAUGAUAUAGAUAAGGCGGCUAAUCAAUUCCUCUGCGACUCUCAGUGUGCGCCUUCAAACGUUUACUGUCAGAAAUGUACUGAUUGUAUACAAACAAUAUUCGAUCAUUACGUGUAAAAUAUAAUAUAAGGAGGUAAUUGUACCACAUUUUAUAUUAUAUAAUAUAAUAAUAUAAUAUGUUUGCGUAAUAAAUAUAUAAUAUAAUAUAAAGAGGUAAUUGUACCACAUUUUAUACCAUAUAAUAUAAUAAUUCAAUAUGUUUGCGUAUUAAACGAAACCGUAUGUAAUUUGUAUUUCAGGGGAUCUGGACACGAAUGACAUGAUAAUGAUGAUGGCCACCGAGAUUACCAAAGGGAAACCAGUGGUCUACGAAUUUGGUCCGGAGGCUCGGGACGCGUGUUGGUCGGCGUUGACGAGUUCGUUUCAUCGGUUCGCAAAUAUACAACAAGAAAAUAGUGAGUACCUAUGUUAUGAUUUAUUGUUAUUUUACGCUGAUGGCAUGCGAACUCUGAAUGGGACGAUUCCUAGGGACGGCUUUCAUUCGGGUGAAAAACUAAAAAUGUGGAAUCGUUUUUGGCGAAUUAAAAUAUAAACGCGUAGUAAAAUUUGAAAUAAAAAUACGGUUUAAAGACUUAGGACAUUUAGCUUCUUAAUUAAAACUGGUAAGUUUUUUCUAAAUUUAAAUUUUUGACUUUUGAUUUCUUUCAUAACGAAUUAUUGUGGUUGUGGAUUGCUGUAGUAUAUUGCACCAGUUACCAGAAAUGAUUAAGAUGGUUUUUUUUAUUAUUAUUAUUUGCCUAAAUGAAUUGUUUCGCCUCUAUUUAACAUAUUAAACUCAAUAAAAAAUUAAAAAAGAAGUAUACUGUAACUUGUAACUUUCAAUUGGUUGAUAUUUUAGUUAAUAAUAUUUUUAAUUUUGAGUGUAGCCAAGAAGUUAUGAGUUUAUUAAGAUGUGUGUGUUUAUUUCUUUUCUCAGAAAACAUGUUUCGGUUUUUCAGUAGUACUUAUUAUUUGUAAAAUUUAAUCGAAGUUUUCAGUAGUUAAAACCCUAGGUUCUUUUUUUUUUCUGGUUCCUUUGAAGGCAAUAAGGAAAAAAACCAAUUAAUACUACAAAUCAGUAAUCACAAAUCAGAAUCGUUUUGCAUACAGAACAUAAAUUAAAUUGUCCUGUACACCCUACCUUUCUAUUACCCACCUAUAAAAAUGAUCUACCCGUGGGCAGUAUCAACUUUUUAAUCUUACAACUGUACCCAAUAUUAUAGAUAUUUAUAGUAAUGGCGGACAAUUACUGUCAAUAUUAUUAUUGAUAGUGUUUGGUACCUACGUUUUGGAUAAAUACAUACGACCUAUAUAAUAUGAACCUGUAGUAUUAUUAGGUACAAUAAUAAUAAUUAAUAUCAUUAUUAUACUAUCUAUCGGACUUGGCUCAUUUCCAGUACCUGCGAUGCGAGUACACAAUCCUAUCGGACACGCAUCUGGACGGCCACUUACUCGGCAUAAUGUUUAGGACAUAGGUAUACCAAUAAUUAUUAUUAAUUCAGUUGUCAUAAUUUGAAUUUGCGAUUAGUGUAUUUAGGUGCGCCGUUGUCCGUACUAAAGGUCGAGUAAUAUCGAGCUUUUCGAUCCUUUCAGAUAUUUACCUGAUCCAGUUGCGAAUCUAUACCGUAUUUUUUUUUUUUUUUUAGAAGGGGGGGAGAGGAUUCAGAGAGUGGCAAAAUCAUUUAUAAUAAUAAAACCAGGUAUACAUUUUUAAAUAAUAUUAUAUCAAAUCUUUAUACAACUAUAUAGAAGCAAUAAGCAUUACUUACUUAGCAUUACCAGAUCAUUCAUUUAAGUGGGUACACUCAUUAUCUUGGAAAGCAUUAACUUUUUUCGGAAUUUGUUUUCUAAAAUAUUUAAGAACAAGCUGCUCUACAAUAUUAUAUUUAUGUUAUUUUAACCAUUACUAACGAACAAUGAUUCAUAGCGGAGUUCAGUUGUACAAUUUUUGAAAGGCCAUAAUAUUUACGGUUUUGAAAUAGUACAAUUCGUAAAUUUUCCCUGUUUUUACCAUUUAUUAUGAAAAUUCCUGGGAAAAUCAAAAAAAUUACCUACCCUACAAUACAAGUCAAGUUUCCUUUCAAAAAAAGUAUUACACUUGAAAAUCGGAUCAAAAUUUCUGGUAGAUAAGUUGUUCACAGAUAAAAAAAAAAAACAAUAAUAAAAAAUUAAACAUUGUAAACCUAUACAUUCCUCCCUUCGUUCAGAAUCUAAAAUGAAUUGUUUUGAUUAAACAUUUUUAAUUAACAAUCUAUAAUAUUAUUCAUAACGAUAGUUUGACAAGUAUUACACCCUAUAUUAUUAUAUUAUUUUAACUUUAUUGGAGUAAUUUUUUUUUUUUUUUUUGUUAUUUUAAAUUUAUUUGAAAUGAAUGAAAAUGUCAGUUCGUUUUGCACAAAGACAUUUCACUGCAACCGAAUUUUCAAUUUGUAUUUUAUUGUACAAUAUAUUUAUCGAUUUAUAAAAUAAAAUAUUAUAAAGGCAGCUAUUAUAAUAUGAUAUUAUUAAGUUUUAAACUCCAUUAAAAUAUAACAAUUGUUUAUUUUUACGUUGAUUGUCGAUUUUAGUGUGCAUUUAAUAUUUAAAAGGUAUAUCAAAUUAAUAAUGCCACGUAUCUAUAUCAUAUAAUUGGCGUACUUGAGGGGGAUGGGUGAUGGGGGCAUUACCUCCCCUUCCCUGUGGGCCCGUAAAAUAUAUGUAAAAUAUAAUGAAACACAAAUUGCUUAUUUUAUGGAUUUAAAUGUUUUUGUAUUUUACAUUAAAUAUAAAUUGAAACUUUUGUAUCGCUCGAUCACCGUAUCUGUUAAUACUAUUUUUGUACCUAGUUAUUAUAUGACUUUUUCCAUGGAAUUUUCAAAAUAUAUUUCGUCCCCUCUCUCCUGAAGUUUAGGCACGUCAUUGUAUUCAUUAACUUUUACACCUAUUAAUUACCUUACUAUAUACACCUUUUUAAAAUUGGUACUCAAUGUACCAACAUGUAUUAUAUUAUGUAAAUAUAUAAUAUUGAAGUUUAAAAGCUAUUAUUAUAAAAUCAUAACAUUUUAUAAUUGUCUGGUAUAGUUCUGAUAAAAAAAUAGUAAAUACACUGUCACGCAUUAACAAAAUGUACGGAAAAUGUUAACUUCAUUCAAACGUUAAUAGACGUUUUACACGUAAGCUAUUUUGAUAAAUUUGAUUAAUUUGUCAUAAAAAAUUUGUUCUGUAAAAAAAUGUUUAUCUGACAUUGUUUCUUCUAUAAUAUAUUAUUAUAUAGGUUAAUGAAGUGCGGCUUAAUCGAUUAUUCAAAUUGGGCAUCAUAAGUUCGAUUAGUGGCACUAUUAACGUGAUUUCGCGAUUAAAACUUUUGAACUAUUAGUUUUCUUAGAACUUCCCUGGAACUUUCUAGAACGUUAUUAGAAAAAUGUAAGUUCUUAUUUUUAAUUAUAUUUUUAUCUUUCAAUAAUAAAAUCGUAACUUAAUAGAUUAGAUCACAGCAAGCAAACUUUAUUCGUAUAUAAUAUGAUAAAACAAUCUAAAUCUGCAAUCGUUUGUUUCUUGUAUAUUAGUGUAUUAAAUUAAACGAUUAAACAAAUUAUAUUAAUUAGCGUACUAGGGUUUUACUAAUUAAUAAUUAUUUAGAGCGUAGUUAUAGUUUACGCACAGCAAAUACACUUUUAGAGAAAAUAAUAGGUAUACCUUAUUUUUUCAAACAGAGAAGGCAGCUUAACCGAAAUGUCUUUUUAAGCAAACAAUAAAUAUGUAUUAACUAAAAAAGCCAUAGGUACCGUUUUAAUUAAAACUUGCGUGCCAAUUUUACGCGAUUUUAGGAGAAUUUAGUAUUUAAUUCCUAAUUUCGAUAAUACAUUUUUUUUUAUUAUUAUUAUUCAAUUAAAUAAUAUAUGUGUUAGGUAAAUAAAACAUAUAUUUUAGAUUUUGAAUGGAUCGAGGAAUGUAUUGAUUUUACAAUGAUGUUUAUUUUUUAUUUUUUUUAUUUUAUGUGAACACUUCUUUUACCAAAUAUCUUACUCCGAUUAUCAAGUUAAGCAGCUUUUCUGAAAGGAAAUGUUCCCUGGAUGGUACUUUAAACAGGUCAUUUUUUGAUUUCUCAUUAAUAUUUGAGAUAAUGAUGAUAACCUGGUCUUUAGAUUAAAAAAGAUUGAAAGAUUAAAAAUAAGGUUAUCAUUGGCAACAAUUUUUAUUUAUUUAUUGUUAUUAUUAAGGCAUAUUAUUUUAAAUCUUUUUUUAAACAUUGUUGUCAAUAUAAGCUCAUUGUUGUAAUCAUUUUGACAUAAUAUGUAUAUAUUGCUGACAAAGCAACAUUAUUAACUGAACUCUGCUCAGAAUCGUUUUUUCGUUAGCAAUGAUUUAUCGUUGCUUACAAGUAUACAUUAAAUUCUCGUCUGUAUCCUACCUUUUCAGCUUCCCACCUACAACAGUGGCUGCGCCCACAUGCUAAGUAUGUCCGUCCUUUUUUUUUUUUUUUUUAUGCGUACAAACCAGGAGAUUCGACUAAUAAUCAUUUUUUUUUAAAGUACCAUCUGUGCGUCGUUUGCAAUUCAUUAUAUCUCUAGAUUAUACCCGCAACACUCCUUAUGACAAUGCAACAAAAAUAUAUAAUAUAUAUAUAUUUUUUCCAUUCAAAAAUAAAUAAAGAAAAACAUACAUCGUUAUAAAACUACAUAAUGUAAUAAUAUAUUUCAUUUCGCUCUUCGGGAUCUAUAAAAUAUGGAAGGUAAAAAUAUGUAAAAACGUAAAAGUAACACGGUUCUUCGAAAAAAGAUUUGAUAGAAAAAUUGGCUGCGGAUACAAAAAAUUAUCUAGAAUUUGUUUUAACCUUUUUUUUGUUGCAAUUAACCAACAGCAGUGGGAGGUCAGUUUUUAACAUUGCUACCCCACUACUGCCAUCGUUUAUUAAUAAGUAUAAUUAAGUAAUGUUUUGUAAAAUCCUGUUUUACCCUUCGCGGGGUAGACUCACAUUAUUAAUUAUGCUAAUUAAAACUAAGGUGAGAGGUAGGCGGUAGGACCGCAUCACUUCCUAACAUUAUGCUAACUUAACCUAACAUGACCUUGAGCCGGUUGUUGGGUCCUGUUAGGUGAAGACUUUGAUGCCCAGAACUGGUGAGGCGGCUACUCCUAUGGAAUUUGAUUUAACCUGCACGUCCUAACUAGUUACUUUCGUAAAUCGGUACAGAAGUUAUAUUUUUCUUAUUGUUACACAAAAACUUUUAAAUUUUUUUAAUAUUCUCAUAUUAAAAAAAAAAUUCAAAAUAUGUAUUUCGCCAAAAAUCGGUCUGAUUAUUGGACAAAAGUCUUGUAAGUUACAAUAUUACCUAUUAUUAUUAUUAUUAUUAAUAUGAUCGUUACCAUUAUUCACCAUGAUUAUAUUAUUAUACUCGUAAUUUAAGAACGAUAAGACUUACAUGAGUGAAUUAUGUUAAAUUAAAUUAUAAUAUCGAAGAAAUUAACAAAAUACUAAAUGGGUGAAUUUAAAGUCCAUGAAAUGUUCUGUUUUUUUUUUUUUUUUAUGACCGGUUCCCGGACCACCUACUAUUAUACUCAUAUUUAAAACGACCAUCACUAUUAUUAUCGUUUUUGGUUAUUAUUUUGUCGAAAAUCGAUUACGACAUAUGUUGUUUUAAUUAGAGAUAGUUGAUAUCAACAAUUUAGAAUUCGAUAUUCAAUAUUAGAUAUAACCUUUCUUUUUAAGUAAAAACAUAAUACAUAUUUUAUUAAUAUAGGUACAAAUGGUUUGUAUUAUUUAUUAUUAUAAUGCACUAUUUAGAAUUUAAAUGUAAAAACACAUUUUAAAAUAAAAAAGAGCUGUUACCUGAUGCGGCCACUGUUGUAGGUGGGUAGUGGAAAAGGUGGGAUACAUAAAGUUAUUUAAUUUAUACCUGUAACCAACGAUAAACCAUUAAUAAGGAAAACCGAUUCGGAGCGAAGUUCGAUUAUAUACGUGUUUUUAAAAGCCGUAAUAUUUACGAUUGUUAAUAAAUUUCCUGUCAAAUGUCAAGCGUUUCUGUUAAGUCCAACAAUCCAUCUACAGAGUAUUUACCAUACAAAAUUACGUAAAAAACUCAUAAAAUUAAAAUGUAUAUAAAUGGCUCAAUAGUACAGCUCAAAUAUCAUGAAAGUCUUACCACACCAAAAAAAAGUAAAUAUAAGUUUUCUGUCAACAUUUUAGGUCUGUACGAAUAUUUCAAACUGAAUUACAUUAAAAAAACUAAAUUUAAAAAAUAAAAGAAUUGUUUUUGUACAUUUUACUCAGAAACAUAUUUAAUCAAGACGUGGUUAUCACGUUAUCACUUAUAAUUUUAAAAUUAUAAAUAUUGAAAUUGACAAAAUAAUUACCUCGCUUUCGGUCUGUGUUACAGUUUUCAAUUUCAAAAGUAUCAAGAUAUUGAAUCACUCAUACCUAGUUUAAACUUAACUAAAUCAUUAUAUACUACUAUAUUAUUUAUAUUAACCAUCGAUAUUUAAAAAAUAUCAAGUCAAAUAGUAUUAUAAAAAAAAAAACUGUUGAGUUUUUAAGGAUAUGUAUAAUGUGACUCGUAUAAAAAAAAAAAUUAAAUUAAUCCAUACCUGUAUAAUAUGAAAUUUGUUUUCAGUUCAACAUCCAAUGCAAGGAUUCUGCGACAGUUCACAGUAUGAUUCUCAAUCCGACGACGUAGAUACGUCACAUAGAAGUGAUUCAGGUAAAUAUUUUGAAAUUAAUAAGAUCAAAAAUAAAUUACUAAUCAAUAUAUACUCAUAUAUACGUCAUAAAAUUAAACGCAUUUAAAUAUUAUAUUAAAAAAAGCUUUCCUAGGAUAAUGGGAAUGGGUGCAGCCACUGUCAUAGGUGAGAAGUUAGGAAAGUAGGAUACAGAAGGAAAUUUAAUAUAUAUCUAUAAGCAAUGAUAAACCAUUGCUAACGAAAAACCGAUUCUGAGCGGAGUUCAGUUGAUAGUAAUGCUUUGUCAACAAUAUAUAUGUCAUAUUAUGGUAAAAUUAUUAAAUAGACAAUAUAUAUUUUCUUCAUUAAUAUUUGUUUAAUAUUGAUUAAUAAUUAUUAGUAUGUACGGCCUUAAAUUUCCGUAAAAUUAGAUUAUAGUCCCAUGAUAAUUACCUACAUUUUUGUAGGUUUCAUAAUUUGUUCAUAAAUAUAUCUAUGUGAUCAACAAAUCAAUUGACUACAGUCAAUUAGAUAAUAUGAUGAUGAGAUAAUAAAAUGAUCGGGUACCCAUAUAAACCUGGAAUCUUAAACCCUGGAUUGUAAAAAUCUGGACGGUUUUUAAACUAUUUUGAACGAAAAUAACCCUCGAUUUGUUGUGCAAAGACGGAUAUUUUCUUUCCAAAUUUGUACCGUCCAAUGCUAACUUAUUCUGGACAGACUUGUAAUCCAGGUUGGUACAAUAUACAUUUUUACAGCCCAGAAUUAUACAGAUUUAUACAAUCCAGAUUUUAAGAUUCCAGAUUUAUACGGAUGUCCCUUUGCAUAAUGUGUAACAAAAAGUAUCAAAAAUAAAUCAUUAACUAUUCAAAAUACAGUCAGCUCGUUGCAAAAUAAUUUGAUAAAAUAAUUCCCUAUUAAAACUGCUGUUUUAAUAUGGAACAUUUAUACUAGAAUUGAUGUUUCGUGUAACUAAAUACAACUGUACUAAGUGCGUUUAUUAAAAAAGUUUUUAUCAAUGAAUAAAUUGAUUUCCAUUUUUUUUUUUUCAUAAUGUUUUCUGACUAAACAAUAUCGUUACAGUGUUAUAUAUUUAAUUAUUAUUUUUGCUGCGUUUUAAUUAAACCGUUUUGUUUUGUUUCUUUUUUUUAUUAUUUAUACUUUCGGACCACUCUUUUUUAUAAUAAUCUUAAAUUUAUAAUAUAAUUAUAAAAUUCUGCAAUCGACUCAUAUACAUAGUAUACUUGGUACAUUUCAUCUCAAUUUCUAUAUGAUACGUUAAAUUUUUAAUAGAUUAAAAAGAAAUCAUAGUCAAUUUGUAAUUUAAUACACAAGGUAAUACAGUAAACCGAAUACGUUAUUUUACAAUAUCUGCUGAGUUAUUCUUAUUUGUACCUAUAUGCCGGUUCAUUUGUUCAUACUUAUUAUUACUCUAAUAUAUUAUAUUAGGUAUAAGUGCCUAAUAUGAUAAAUGUUUAUUCAUUCUCUCUGUUUCUUUCCUUUCCGUCUUUAAUCAUCCGAUAGGUUUGCUGCAGAUCUCCACGAUCCUCCCUUUCAUUCUUUUAAAUCCUCAUUACUGACCAUAUCCAUUUCAUAUCAUAAUAAUUAUUUUCGUUUACUCUACCAUCCUUAAUUAAAGUAAAUUAUUAAUAACCAUACUGACUAAAAUUGAUUGUAUAUUUUUUAAUGAAAUAGUUAAUUAUAUAUUUAUGUAGGUAUUUCAAAAUAAAAAAAAAUAAAAAAUAAACAUCUUAGUAAAACCAAUAGCUCUCUCGCUACGCUCGGAAUCUAAAAAUAAAACGGAUGAAAAAUAUAUUAUGAUAUGUAGAUUAUACCCAUUUUUAAUAAGACUUCAGUCCAUUUAUUUAAAUAAAUAAAUACCUCAACAAGUAGAUAUUUAACCGUUUUCUUAAUGUUUAAAAAUAAAUACGAGUGAAAAUAUAACAAAAAAUAUUGUUUUUGGGAUUACUUCGCAGUCUAAAGUUCUAAAAUGUUUUACUUUACUAAGUAUACAACUGUGGCUAUUGAAACAUUAUUUAAUUGCUAGUAAAAUAUAUGCAUACCUUACUUAGAAUCAAAAAUUCUACUAAAAAAAAUAAAAACAAAUUCUUAUAUCGAAGUAUAAUUACUGUUUUCAACACUUUCGUUCUAAACUUUGGUAUAAUAACGUGCCAAGUAUAAUACUUUUACUAAAAUACAUCCUGAUUUAAAUAAACUAUACUAAAAUAUAAAUAAAUAUUUUGUUUUAUCAACGUAAUUAAACACUGUUUAUAGAAAAAACUAAUUUAAAAACAGCAACAUAGAUGUGCCAUCGUUAUAGGUAGGAAGUUGGGAAGGUGUACGUUUCUGAGUGGAACUUGGUAAACUGCAUGUAUAAGAUAAACUAAUAUAGCACAGAAAUCAACAAAUAUAAAGUCGAUGUACUCGUACAUCGUCAUUUUUAUCACUUAUCAGUUUUUUUAAAUUGUUCAUAUAUUAUUUUUAAAUAAAACUUUUUAUUAUUUGAAACUGUUUCAAAUAAAGUGGACCCGGGUAAAAAUUCCACACCUUUAGUACUGCAUGAAAUAAUCGCGGUUUCCAUGGGAAAAAACACAUCUCAUUCAGAAUGUCAAUCCAUUUAAUUAACUAAUUAUUCUCGUACUUUCUCUACAUGUAAAUAGUUAUAAUCGAAUAAAUUGCAUAAUUUAAAUUUUCUAACCUAUAUGAAUUAAGUUAAUAUUUAAUUUUAAUUUGUCAAUAAAAGUAAUUUGAGGUUUAUUUUCAUUACACUCCAGUUCACUAAGAAAUGCCAUUAGUGGUUUCAAUAUAGAUAAAAGUAUAUCAUUUUUUUUCUAAUCGAUGACCAAAUAAAUCGAAAACUAAUAAUUCGACACUUUUUUUUCACUUCACUGAAAUCAAACAAAAUAAAUUACCUGCCUUGUUACGCCCCCACGCUCUUAUUAAAUUAAAUCCAUUCAUCUAGAAUUAAUUUAUAUUCAUAUUGCAGUAGGUAAUUUUUUUCUUAUUUUAAAAAGUCGAAUAUUAAGUGAUAAUUUUAAUUUAUUUUAACUUACUUUGUAAUCGUUGGUCUUUUACUAAUGAUUAAUUUAUUUUUUUUUUACAUCAACUUAAUAUAAACAAAUUAGUUUUAUAACAAGUACAAUAUUAUCUCACAUAUUUAAAAUUAUUAUAUUAUUUAUUACUUCAAUGCUCAAUAUUUUUAUUAGUAUAAUAUGUUGGUCGAGCCGAUAAUUGUUUUAAAUUUUUGAAUCGUACCUAUUACUUAUUACAAAAUUAUGCCGCAUUCGUGUGGAUUUGUAAUAUAUAAUUGACAAUACACAUUUAUUAAAUUUCAAAAAUAUUAUUCAGUGACCCAUAAAAUAUUAUUAAUUGUCUGUAACAACCAACAAAUAUCGCAUUCACAUUAUUUCGCAAUGGUAUUUUCAACAUUACAGCAAUUGCACGGUGUUUAAUCGAUCGUACAUAAUAUUAUUUGCGUAGGUUCAUCCGAUACGUUUGGUUUGGCGUACAACAGCCAAACGGACACGCUGCCGCGGAACAGAGAGAAUUCUUCUGAGACGACGACCACAAGCGAAGACGCGAUCGAUUCAUCGCCACCGCUUGACUUCUGUCUCGUCGAGCACCACCGCCACCGUCUAGGGUCCUUGUCAGUAGAAAGUCGAUCGGCCGAGAUAGCCUUUACGGAACAGCUGCCGCCGGUGAUGGACGGCCGCACUUGUGACCAAAUCCAGUGUUGUCCAGUCGACUACUCGACGCCACUGUUGGCCAACAGAAAAAGCGACCAAACCAACAACGACAACAACAAUAACGCAAAUUAUAAUAAUUAUUUGGAAUCUACCAACGUGGAGGUGAUGCCAAAACCCGAACACGAGCUGGAGCCUGAAAACAAACCGGAGUUUGAACACAAGCUGGAACCUGAAUACGAGUCGGAGCUAUGGUCGCCACCGUUGGACGUAGAACUCCUCGCCGAUUCCCGUGGACCGGCCGACGUCGACGGAGGCGAGUGCUCGGACGAAGGGAAAAAACAACAGCUAGUUCUACCAUCGUCGCCGGAGAUCCAAGCUAGGAUGACCCGAACACCAGAGAAUCUUUCGUCGCCGUCUUCGUCGUCGAAGUGUAUGACGUCGUCACUGUCGGAUUGCAGUCUGUCGCUGUCGCGGUAUAUGUCACUGUCGUCGGAAUGUGUGUCGCCGUUCACCAUCAACGAGUCGACCAUAGUAGCCGAAGACGAAUUCAAAACAUUCUAUGGUGAGUAGUAUAGCAGUAUUUUUUAUUAUCGUUAUGACUUAUAACCGGCGUUCGGAAUUUAAUGCACCUAAAGUUCAUAAAAAAAAAACUCUUAAAAGGGUCCAAAAAUGCCCUGAAAAAUGUACAAAAAUAAUUAACACAAAAUAAUUUGUUUUAAAUAAAAUUGUUCAAAAAAUUACUUUAUGUUAAUUUUUUUUUUUUUUUGACCUUUUUAAACGACUUUGUGGAUUUUAAGUGCAUAUAGUCCCAAGCUUUGCCAAUGACCAAUGAUGAAAAAAACAUUAUUUUCCUGCAAAAUCAAAAUUCUCGUAUUAUAUAUAGUACACUUUCUGUACAGGCAUUUUUUUUUUUUUUUAAUCCAACGUACAAAAUACGCAGUUCAUUAACACAGUUCAGUUGGAAAUGCCAUACAUAUUAAUUAGAAUAAUAUUAAACAAAAUCAAAUAAAAUAAAAUACUAAUUACAAAAUAUAGUGGAAGCGAUAGCUUAAUAUAUUGUGUACAAAAAUCUGCCAAUAGGAAUACUGUUUCAAUAAAAUGUGUUUAAUUUUAAGUAUUAACACAACCACCAAUUUCUUCUGCAUAUUUAUUGAGCUGUAGUUUCUGUAGCCCAUUUAGAACCAUCGCUGCUACCACUAAAUUUCAUGUCAUCUUUCCCUAUUCUUAAUUGUUAAGGUAUAUUAUACCAGCAUAAUAUUAUCCAUCCACCUUUGUCUGAUGAUUAAUGGACCGUUAAGACUAAAAUUUAAUAGCCCAUUGUAAUUUACAAAUCGUUAAUACAACUCAAUUUUUUUAACGAGUCGAGAGCGUUUUAUGUUUAUGGUUAACCGGCAGUUACCUAUUGUACGAGAUCAUUGUUAAUUUGCGUUUACCUAAUUUACUUAAUAUUCUUUUACAAGAAUAUGGAAAUAGUCACUUACCUCGGGCAUUCUGCUUAAAGUUCGCAAAAAGUUUGUUGCUUAAAAUGUAAGGAGUAAAAUAUAAGGAUGCGUAGGUUUCGAUGAAUCGUUGCAAUAAAUACCAAUAGGUAUUUAUAUGGCUAUACUAAGACGUCGGGCUGCUAAUAAGUGACGACUUACGAGUAAAUCUUUCGUUUGAUGUAACGAAUCGCUAAUCGACGUAUCGUUGUAUAGCUAGUGUGAAUAAAUGGACACUAAUUGUAUUCUACCAAGACAAUAGACGUGAAUUUCUUUGAGUGCAACAAUGAGUUUAUGAUUCAAUGUGUUUAAUACCAUACAAUGAUACAAAUGUACAGACUAUUGUUUAUCCCGACUGACGACCACGGAUUGCCAUAUUUUGAGUCCAUACUGAAGUAAAUCGAGGGCAAUAUCUUGUGCGUAUAUGGUUAUGUAGAAUAAUAAACACGUCUAGAUAUAUAAUAGAAAACAAAAGUGACAAGUAUAAUACAGGUAAUUACCAGGUAAAUAGAAAUAGAAAGAACCAAACACAGCAGCUCCCUACAGUAUCUGCAGCUGCUGUAUAGGUUUGGAAAAAAAAGGUGUGGUCGGAGUGAGUGAGUAAAAGCCAAAAAAUUAGUGCUUCCGCUGGGCAAACCCAGAAAAGUGAAUAAGUGACGACUGUCGAAAAGAGUAACGCGUCUAGCGUCUUUUUCCAUCCGUGAUCCUCACUCUGAUGGCUCUCAUAUGAUAUGAUUGCCGCAGUGGCUACGUGGGGCGCCAGUGUGUGGACAAUGCGCGUAAUUAAUUGUGAAAUAAUUUAUGGCAUACUUAUGUGGCAAUACUGAUAUUUUUAUAUAUAAUUGUAAUUACUACGUCACUUCGCUCAUUUAUUUUACAAUAUUUAAUAUAUUACACCAGUAUAAGUGUAUUAAUAAUGUUGUCUAUAUGUUACUGACCGUUAGAGAGCACCUUACACGUUAACGGAAAUGCAGAUUAUGAAUUGCUGAAGUUGAUCGAACAUGAAAUGAGGAUCAAGGAGAUCGACAACAACAUCGUAUGGUACUCGAAACUGUUCUUGGGAAUAGUUCUGUUCGUACUAAUUCGCAUCCUGUUCUGAUCCGCACCAGUGGCCUUUUCACUGGCCUCGAUGGACGUCGUCAGUUCGAUUUUCAAAUACAUUUGAACAAAAUAUGUUUGAAAAUCGACUCUGAAUCGGUCAUCGAGCCGUUCGAAAAAAACUUCUUGCAUUAUCAUACAUAUAAUAUGUUAAGUAUUUUAUUAUUUUAUUACCAUGUUAUAUUUAUAGAAUUAUUAUAUAAGAUACCUACAAUUUAAAAAAAAAGAAAAUAAAACAAUGUCAUUUUUAUUCGUCAGGUCGAUACGAUUUUCAAACGCAUUCAUACAAAUAAUUGUUUUUGAAAAUCGAACGGCCUAAUGCCGAAAAAUCUUCGGAAUAGAAAAAAAAACUCCAAAAUGUUUUGAUUUGUUGUGUACUGGCUACCAGCUGUAAUUAUAUAACCGUCUAAAUCGAUGUGAUUUUUUUUUCUUUUCUGACAAACGUUAGUUUAGACGAAUAAGUACUUUUAUAGUUUUUUUUGCAGUUAUAUUCCACAAUUAUCAUAUUAUUAUUAAUUACUUACUAUUAAUUAUAUUAUAUAACAUUACGUUAUCACUUAUCCAUUACUGUAUACUGUUCAUUUAUUAUUACCUAUAUUAUUAUUUACCAAUUAUUACAAAUUAUUAAUGCUCAGUCGAUUAUUAUUACUAUGUUGAUACUAUUAAAUUAUUAUACGAUAUUCGGUAGGGAAAAUAUUGAAUUUUAGAUUAUGUUUUAUAAAUACAGGAUAUUAUGAUUUUUUUUCUCUUUUCUGAUGGUAUAAAUAUUGACGCGUUACCGAUGUCAGGUUAUUAUUACAUAUAUUAUGAUAUACUUUCAAAAAAGAGACAUUGAUGAUAUUAACGUACCUAUAAAUAUCCUGUAUGUAUCUACUAUCUAUAUUAUACAUAUAUAACAUAACUUUAAAUUCAUCAACUAUUUUCUUUUUCUAUUUGAUUAUUGUUAUUGAUUAUUCUGUAUUUUGAUAUUAAUAUAUUCUAUUCGUAUGUGCAUUAUAAGUACUUAAUAUACUAUAUUAAUAUGUGCACCCACGGUUUUUUAUCAAAUCUAUAUUAUUUUGUACUGAAUAUUAACAAUAGUAUAGUAUAUAUUUUAGUUUUUGGCAUAUUUUUUUUUAUAUUAUGUAUAUUAAGUUAAAAUGCUUGUAAUCAAUAUUAUUUAAAUCUGCGAUGAUUGUAUGUAAUGAAAAUCAAUAGGUUACUGGGCUUUUUUUUUUUCUGCAAG